ACACACACACACACACACACACACACACUGGUCUCUCCCUCCCGCUGCGUCUCGUCCACACACUCCUGAAGCCUCUCAUCAGCCUGCAGCAGCAACAUGUCGUGCGUGCGGAGACAGCCUAAACGUAGCAAAUCUGAGGAAUUACUCCACCAUGCUUCCAGCCAGAGGGUGAUACAAACAAAUACAAAACUCCUAGGUAUGGAGGGCGAUCCGGACCUCCAGUUCCUAUUGCAAGGCGGAGACCUCCUCAAGGUCCUGUCCCCAUCCUGGAAAAAGACCCGUAAUCUUAAACUCCAGGAGGACUGCAAGACCAUGUGGUGUGAAUCCAAGAAAACCUUCAAGUCAAGCCAGACCUUUCCAGUCAGCAACAUCUCUGCGGUUCGACUUGGCCGUCAGUCAAAGGGCUUAAAGAAGAACACAGAAGAGCAUGUGGAAGGUCGCUGCUUCUCCAUCCUGUUUAAAGGUCGCCGCAAGAACCUGGACCUCAUGGCUUGCUCAGAAGAGGAGGCCAAUUGCUGGGUGAGAAGCCUGGAAAAACUGAUCUCCAGCUUAAACAACCUCAACCGCCAGCAGACUACAGAGCACUGGAUAUUCAGCUGCCUGAGGAAAGCAGACAAGAAUAAAGAUGAUAAACUGUGUCAGCCAGAGAUGAAAAGCUUCCUGCAGAUGAUCAACAUUGAGUUGGAUGAUGACUACGCAGAGAUGCUCUUCAAGAAAUGUGACAAAUCAAAAUCUGGAUACCUCGCUGGAGAGGAGAUUGAGUAUUUUUACAAUCUGUUGACCCAUCGAGAGGAGAUCGACGUCAUCUACGGGGAGUACGCCAAAACCACGGGCUUCAUGAGCACCAGAAACCUGUUGGACUUCCUGAUGAAGGAGCAGAGAGAGAAAACAACCCUGGCUGAUGCCGAGAAGAUCAUUGAGAAGUAUGAGCCAGAUGAACACGCCAAGGCGAAAAAGCUGCUGUCCAUAGAUGGCUUCCUCAUGUUCCUCCAUAAUCCAGAAGCCAUGAUUCUCAAUCCAGAUCACAAGGAGGUCUACCAGGAUAUGGAGCAGCCCCUCAACCAUUAUUUCAUCUCCUCGUCACACAACACCUACCUGAUGGAGGAUCAGCUCAAAGGACCCAGCGACACGGAGGCCUACAUCAGAGCUCUGCUGAAGGGCUGCCGCUGUGUGGAGCUGGACUGCUGGGAUGGAUCAGACGACGAGCCGGUGAUCUACCAUGGUUACACCCUAACCUCAAAGAUCCUCUUCAAAGACGUGAUCAAAGCCAUCAAGGAGUAUGCCUUCAAGGCAUCUGAUUACCCAGUAAUUCUCUCCUUGGAGAACCAUUGUAGCGUGGAGCAGCAGUCAGUCAUGGCCCAACACAUGAGCUCCAUCCUGGGGAACGCACUUGUCACCACCCCCCUGGGUGAUGGCAUGCCCACAAACUUCCCAUCGCCUGAGGAGCUGAAAGGGAAGUUCCUGAUUAAAGGAAAGAGAUUAAACAAACUGGAGGACAGCUUUGCUGAUGCUGCAGCAGAGGCUGAGAAUACUGAUGUGACUGAGGAAGAAGAGUCAAAUAAUGAGGAUGAACAAGAAGAGAAGAAGAGCAAGAAAAACCUGACACUAGCCAAAGAGCUGUCCAACAUGGUGAUCUACUGUAAGAGCGUCCACUUCCAUAGCUUCAAAGACGCCAGGAAAAAUCAGAGCUUUUAUGAGAUGGCGUCAUUUAAAGAGGGAAAAGCCAUGAAUCUGGCUGAGGAGUCAGCAAAUGCCUACAUAUGCCAUAAUGUGGAGAAACUGAGCCGCAUUUAUCCUGCAGGUUCAAGGACGGACUCUUCAAACUACAACCCAGUACCACUGUGGAACGCAGGCUGCCAAAUUGUUGCUUUGAACUUCCAGACAGUCUGCACAGAGAUGGAUGUAAACCAGGGUAGAUUCCUGGUCAAUGGCAAGAGUGGCUACAUUCUCAAACCAGCCUACAUGAGGGAUGGUGCCACCGAGUUCGACCCAAUCACCCUGACCCGAGGAGAAUGGCUGCAGCACAAGGUGCUGCAUAUCAUGAUCAUAUCAGGCCAACAGCUCCCCAAAGUCAAGAAGAAGAUAUCCUCCAUCGUGGACCCGUUAGUUAAAGUGCAGAUCUACGGAGUACCGGCUGAUGUUGCAGAGAAGGAGAUCAGUCCUGUUUGGAAUAAUGGUUUUAACCCAACUUGGAAUGAGAACCUUCAGUUUGAUGUGUACGUGCCCGAGCUGGCACUAGUUCGUUUUCUCAUAGAGGACCACGACUCAAUGUCCGACAAUGAGUUCGUUGGACAGUUCACCCUCCCAUUCAACAGCUUACAAAUGGGAUACAGACAUGUGCCUCUGCUCAACAAGAAUGGAGACCUCCUCCCCUCAGCCGGACUUUUUGUGCACAUCAUGGUUGUGGAUGCUGAAUGAAACACACCUCCCCUGUGUCACCUCCUGCAACAAACCUGGACCUUGUUCAGACAUGUUUUUAGUACAUAUUGCUUUCUUUUACAGGGCAGUUAACUUAUACAUUUUAUUCUAGUAGUUUAAAAUGAGAAUACAAAAGUAUUAUGAGGAUCACAGUUGUAGAAACAAUGCUUUGGGUUUUGAAACUAACUCAUGUCCCCGAUUCUGGUCAGAUUAUUUUUAGAACUUUUUAUUCAAAGGAUUGUUUUUAUCCAGUUUAAAGAAACAAGCCUCCAUAUAAUCACCAUGCUUUGUUUCACCAUUCAUGUAAUGCCAUUAAUAAUGAUUUAGUUUUCAUGUAACAUCUGACUUUUUUAUGUUUUAUUGCGGCACUACUGGCCUUUAUUUUCUGACAGUGAGCUGACAGGAAAAAGGUGGAGAGAGGGGGAAGACAUGCAGCAAAGGUCAACGGGCCGGGACUCAACCCAUCUAUGGCCUCCGAACAUGGGUCGGAUGCUUUGCCCCUGCACCCAUCUGACUUAUUUUUUUUUAUCAUCAAUAAACACUUUAAAAGUGUGAAA